AUGCGGCGCCAUUUGCCGCCAUUCUCUUUAGACGCAUUACCAGAUCUCUUAUUCAAACGCUCAUUCAGGACACCAACGACAAGAAUAGUAACAAAACUAGCGCCACUGCUUGGAGGUAAAUGUCAAAGGCAUUACAUGAUGGAUAUUCAUGAUUUCUAUGGUCAUGAUGAGGACGAACAUAUGAGAGCUGCCAUCCGUGCAUCGUUAUCUGAUGUAAAAGCACGGCCACUACCGCCGCCUACAACGGCAUCCGCAGAGACAGUUUAUGGCGAGUCCAAUUUUGUUGAUCUGACUGUUGAUUCCGACUCGUCGCAGUCAGACCCUCAAAGACCAGCGAUAGUCGCUACUACGGCCCCCAAGGAGGGGGUUGACGAGUCGGAUGCGGAACUUGAAGAAGCGAUUAAGUUAUCGUUAAUGAGUCAUGGUUCUUCGGGAAAUGCUGAUGCAGAGGGGGACCAACCUUCCGGCCUGGCUGAAGGGUGUGGAAGGGCAUCCAAAGAGGAUGCUCCUAUUUCGACAAGCUCAAACCCAUUGGCGGGUAUUUUGGGAAUAGAUCGCAAGAAGAUGGAGGAGGAAAGAUUGGCGCGACUCAACAGGAAGAGAAAAGCGUCGAGUACUCCCGGGUCACCUGCCUUGAAACAUGCUUCAAUCAUGAUGAAGUGCGAAGAUGUCCCUGCUAGUGCAGCGGUUCCUGGCCCUCAUCUACGUGCAAACGCUCCGCGAGUAAGUGGUAAUGAGACGAUAAACAUUGGGACUUCGUCACAUCCCAUGCCAUUGCCAUCGGCUCCCUUACAGUUCCCGAAAGGUGCGGUCAAGAAGACCUGGGCGUUUGGCUAUGAUAGGACAGGUGACGAUAUUAAAUUCGAGGAAGUGGUCCAGAAAUCCGAUCUUGAACUUGCCGUCCUAAGUUCUUAUAUGUGGAAUGUGGAUUGGAUGUUUUCCAAAUUUGAUAUCAAAACAACGAGGUUCCUUCUCAUUAUGGGAGAGAAGGAAGAAGACAAGAUUGUCUUUCUUAUCGAUCUGCCUCGGAAAUCGCCGGAUUCGGGCAACGAUCCUCAGACACCAUUCCUCGAUGAAUUAGUUUACUUCCUCCAGGCUUCUACCGUAAAUGAGCAAAUUAUAAAAAAGAUGCUUCGGUUCGAUUUCAGCGCCACGAAGGAUAUCGCAUUUAUCCAUACAAUUGGCGGAUCUCACACGGACCCGAAAUGGGAAAAAACGGGCUUGUGCGGACUUGGAAGGGCUAUAACCUCCCUGAAUCUUCAAACAUCUCAGGAUAUAAACCUCGACUACAUUACUUCCUCAGUGGGCUCACUGAAUGAGCAAUUUCUGCGAUCUAUAUACCUCGCAGCACAAGGAGACAAUGGCUUAAAAGAAUUAACUCUUCGCACUUCAAGAACUUUCCCCUCCGAAAAAUGGGGAGUUGUAACAAAUAAAAGCGAUGGCGCAAAGUGGAAGGACAAAUUCCGUGUCUAUUUCCCAUCGCUCAACACUGUUCGUAAUUCCAAAGGUGGCAUAGAGAAUGCUGGGACGAUAUGUUUUCAAUCAAAGUGGUACAAUUCAGCGACGUUCCCGAAAGAUAUUAUGAGGGAUAAUAUCAGCCGAAGAGAGGGCUUGUUAAUGCACAACAAGAUGCUUUUCGUCCGUCCUGAUAAACCCAUCACCAGCGUGAAGAACAACUCCAUCCGCUAUUCUGGUUGGACGUAUGUUGGGAGUGCUAAUCUCUCAGAAAGUGCAUGGGGCCGACUUGUCCUUGACCGCGCAACCACGAAACCAAAAUUAAACUGCCGAAAUUGGGAAUGCGGCGUUGUGAUUCCCAUUCGCCACAAUGAUGAAGAAAAGUCACCGUACAUCCCGUCAACUAGAGGUAUAACUACUUCAGUCGCCGAGUCCGGAGGUGGGAACACCAGCGCCGGCUCUGACGACGGGUCAAGGGUCGCUAGUGUGUUCGAGCCGACGGUCCCUGUUCCGAUGAAAGUUCCUGCACAAAGAUAUCACGGGCGUGAUAGGCCGUUCUUUUAUAUGGAAGAUUGAUGUUGAUUCUAGAGAUUUAUUGAAACUAUUCUCUUCUGGCAUAUCUUUCCUGCGAGAAAGGUAAUAUGAUGUUCAUGGAAGGGAAACCGACGGUAAAUCGUCAGUACAAUUAAGUCUAGAUACACAGUUUUUUCUCGUUCAUCCUUACGUCGAAUUGCGGAGCAGUUGGCAUGACUUUUGUUUCCCAAGCAAGGUAAGGCCUUCUUCCCACCUUUUUGGCGAGGCAACCAACGAAAUACUGUAUCUUUAAAUGCAAGGUUGCUAGAACAAGAGAUUUUCUACUUUAUUACU